UUAAGGUUAUUUGAAAUAGUUAUCUGUAGCUUAUAGGUCGUGAUUCGUUGAUCGUAAUUCGUACAUCUGGAUACAAAAUGUACCUAAAAAAUGAGUAUGCCGUAGAAGUGAAAAAUGCUUGUAAGAUCUAUCCUCCAGAUUUCACAGUACUUGAUGGAUUUAGUAUGAAAGUCCAGAGUGGCAGCAUAUAUGGGCUAUUGGGACCCAGUGGCUGUGGAAAAACGACUCUACUGAGCUGUAUCGUCGGUCGUUUACAUUUAGAUUCCGGAGAGAUCAAACUUAAAGGCAAACACAUAUCCGACAUCGGAUAUAUGCCACAAGAAUUGGCAUUGCACAAUGAAUUAUCUAUAAAGGAAACGUUCACGUACUAUGGUUACAUAUUUAAUUUGUCAAAUGAUGUUAUCGAAACAAGAGGCCGAGAAUUAAAGGAGCUCUUGAAAUUGCCAUCGUACAGCCUAAGUCUAAACGAGAUUAGUGGUGGUCAACAAAGAAGAGUGUCCCUUGCUGUAGCGAUGCUCCACGACCCAAAACUGUUGAUUUUAGAUGAACCUACAGUUGGUCUGGAUCCUCUAAUUAGCCAAAGCAUUUGGGAACUUCUUUUGGAUUUGACAUCGAAUGAAGGUAAAACAGUGAUAAUCACCACGCACUAUAUCGAAGAAGCAAAACAGUCACAAAUGAUAGGUCUAAUGAGAAAAGGUACUCUUCUUUCCGAAGCAACGCCAACGGAACUAUUGACUUCGUGCAAUUGUUCGUAUUUGGAGGAAGCAUUUUUAAAGAUUUGCCAAAACCAAGUGGCCAAGACAAAUAGUUUCAAAAUACCAGUGAAACAACCUACAAGAAGGUUUUCUUACGCUCGAGAUUUGCCCCCACCGCCACUGUUAAACAACACAUUAUUCACGUUUGGGCGUUUCAAAGCUCAGGUGUGUAAAAACAUUUACCUGUUGAGAAGAAACAUACCGUUUACUCUAUUUGUGAUCUUCUUACCACUGAUACAGACAGUUUUAUUCAACGUCGCCUGUGGCCAUGAUCCGAAACAUUUGACAUUAGGUAUAUUAAAUGAUGAGCCAGUGAGUCAAACAGGUACGUGUUCGUUGACGCAGACGAAAAAUUGUUUUUUGGAUGGAGGCGUGCCGGUCAGUUGCCUAGUAUUGGAAAGAUUAAAAGAAAAGACUUUUGAAUUGGUUGAAUAUUCCAAUUCGGAAGAUGGUCAGUAUGCAGUGUCAGAAAACAAAGUCUGGGGAUUCCUUCAUUUUUCGAAAAACUUCAGUACUAAUUUAGCAACCCGUUUUAAUGAAGGGGGAGAUAUCUCGGACAACAACAUAUUUGACAUGGGAUCGAUCCAAGCAUGGAUUGACAAUACAAACAAGUAUAUGUACGACAUGAUAAAAAGAGACAUUUUUGACAGCUACACAGACGUGGUUGAUAGUCUUUUCAACAAAUGUAAUAUAUCAGAAAGAAUCGGCAACACACCAAUCCGGAUUCUUGACCCUGUUUAUGGAAACAAAAAUCCAAGUUUUAUACAUUACGCGUCACCAGCUAUAAUAGCACUAUGUGCAUUUUAUCUCCCUGCAAUCUACACAGGAUCUACAAUCAUUUCUGAAAAAGAAGGAGGGGUUAUUGAGAGAGUAGUCUUAUCAGGAAUGAAUUUCAUCGAAAUCGCCUUGGCUCAAGUAUUGGUGCAGACGAUAUUUAUCUUCAUUCAAACCACUCUGGUGAUGAUCGUCAUGUUCGUUAUAUUUGACAAUCCAUUCGUCGGCGACAUAUUUCCGUCGUUUUUGUUAUUGACGAUGAUCGGUUGCGGUGGAAUGUGUUUCGGUUUUUUCACGGCCAUCAUCUGCAGGACAACGACGGAAGCGGCUUUCCUGGGCAUUGGAACUAAUUUCCUGUUGAAAUUUUUAUGUGGACUGAUGUGGCCCACUGAAGGCAUCCACUACCUCUUGCGUAGCAUCAGCGUCUACUUACCGCUGACGAUGUCUACAGAAAGCCUGAGGUCACUGACCGCCAAGGGCCUGGGUCUCCAGCAUCCAUCAGUAUACCUUGGGUUCAUGUCGAUCUUCUCGUGGAUACUCGUCUUCACGCUGGUGUCGUUCGUAAUGCUGAAACUCAAACGCGACGUGUGGACGAAAAGUUAACUGGAAUGUGUAAUCCGCGUCACAAUAAGAAUAUUUUAAUUUAUAAUAAUAAUACCUAUAAAAUUAUUGGGCAUCGUUGGGUACGUUAUUAGAUAGGCAUAGACCGUAUUGUGUCGUUUUCGCAAAGGCGGAAACCAGCACCAAUAGACAACAAUCGAAACUGCAAAACUAAACACAAAUUUAAGUAUUAUAUUGUUCAUACAAAUUUAUGCCCCGUGUAUAGGUAAUAGUUGUAACGUUUUAGUUGUUUUUUUUAUUGUAUUGAUGUAUAAUAAUUUAAUAAUAAAAGAAUAUAAUAUUAUGUAUAUAAAACAUA